AGUAGAAAUUGUGUUUUUGGUUACUAUUGACCUUCAUUAGCGUAUUCCUUUUUAUUAAGACGUUUUUAUUCAAAAUUUGUGACAAUAUUGCUUAUGUUUUAGCUUAUCGGAAUGGAUGAAAAUUUCACACCAUCUUGCCUUCACAGCAAACCCAAGAGCUGUGUAGACUUUGUAUUUUCUGGUAUUUUUCUGCUGGCUACCUCCUUGAUGUUUCCAUGACAUCUUACCAGCUGUCAAUAAGUAAUCACAGUAUUUCUUCUGAUUGAAGUCGCCUUUAUGCUUGAGUUUUUGAUCCAACAAUUCAAGCAUAACCAACAUCAUGUUGUCAGUAGGUGGUAGAAUCCCUCUCUCUACUUCUCCAUUUUGCCAAAUGUAAAACCCGCAUUGCAUUCACAACAGAAUCUGGUUUUCUUGGGCAAAAACAUGUGGAUGCAUAUAAAUAUAAAUAAUUAUAUGUCUGAGGACAGUUUGUUUAAUUAAUAACUGCUUAAAAAUCAACAAAUGUACAUGUAAACACCAGAUUAGUGUAAUGAUUUCCAUCGCCACCAGAUGGCACUAAACACUCAAUCCAACUGGAAGAAAGGUCAAAAACAAAUCUCAUGAAUUAACGUGAGAUUUAAAUUGGUUUAGUUCGGUUUAAACACAAAGUAUUGCUCAGUAUUACAUGGAUACCCCCCUGACAAGGCCUCAAGCUGCAAUUAUUAUAAACAAACCAGAUUAAUGGAAAAAAAUAUGUUUAAAACAAGCAAUCUCUACUGCAGAGUGACAAAACAAUUUCUAACCUUUGAACUGAAAAUCUUUGGAACAUAAAGUAUUGAAGCAGUAUAGCAUUGGAUCUCUUCAAAAACAAAGAAGAAGCUCCUUACUGUGUUUUUUUUUUUUUUUUUGAGAACCUUUUUUGCCCUAAUGAAAUAAUGUUCCUGUAAUUUUUUUGUAUUAGAAUAACUUCAUUUCUAACUAUGAACUGCAUUCUUUUCAACUUCCUUGUCACUUCAUAUCCAGAUCUCAUUCAUUAUAAAAAACGGGGAAUUGAAACUGAGAUAACAAGACUCUCCAGAUAGGUGUGGACAGAAUGUUGUAGUUUUUUUUUUUGUUUUGUUUUUUUCCCACAUGCACAGAUAACUCUGCCUACAACUAGGCAGGGCUUCAAAAAGGAAGUUAUUCACGGCAGGUUUCCUUUCGGUUUAUUUUCAUCUGUGAGCAGGAGAAGGGCUGAGAUCACUUGUUUCUGGAAGACAAAAUGAACAACACCGGUUGUCGUCAACCAGAUAAGAAAUUAUUUGAACAUACAAUACUGCCUAUUCUUCACAUCUUGGUGUUUAUUGUUGGACUGAUUGCUAAUGGAUGGGGAUUGAACUCUUUGAGGCGCAGCUGGAGGAAACUGGGAAAUAUCAACAUCUUUGUCCUAAACCUUGGACUAGCAGACAUUUUGUAUCUGCUCACUCUCCCCUUUCUGAUCGUGUAUCACAUUAAAGGAAACAAAUGGAUCUUUGGAGAAGGAUUCUGCUUGGUAACAAGAUUCUGCUUCAACCUGAAUCUGUACUGCAGCAUCGGGUUCCUCACCUGUAUAAGUGUGUACAGGUACCUGUCCAUCGUCCAUCCCAUGAGAACGAUGGGGAGAUUAACUACGACUCACUCUGUGGUUAUUUCCCUCAUUGUUUGGAUUCUAGUGGGUGCGCAAAGUUUUCCAGACAUGUUCUACCCAAAAACAUUUGGGGGAAAAAAAUGUUUUGACAGUACCUCAAAUGAACAUAUGAAGAGUUACCUGAAUUACUCCAUCAUAUGGACGUCAUUUGGAUUUUGCAUCCCAUUCCUUAUCACCAUUUGGAGCUACGGACACGUGACUCUGGUUGUCUGCCGCUCAAAAACGAUUGACAAGGACCUGAAACGACGGAGCUUGAAGCUGUUGGUAAUUUUGAUUCUUCUCUUCUUGCUUUGUUAUGCACCCUACCAUGUCUUCAAGAACCUCAGCAUGUAUUCCAGAGUUCUGAUUAAUCAGGGAAUUUGCCCUGAUUGGGAUUCUGCACUUUUCAGUGUGCGUCAGGCAAGUCGUGGUCUUGUCAGCCUGAACAGCGCUCUCAACCCGCUGGUUUACCUCCACGUUUAUGAAGACAUGGGGGCUCACCUCAGGGAGCAGCUGCAGGGAGGUCAACAGAUGUUCAGUCGAUUGUUUACGUCAAAUUUCUGCUCUGUGCCGGUUGCACCGAGUGAACCAGAUGAAGUGUGAUAUUUAUCUUUUUUAUUCAAUAUAAUAAGUGAUAUUUUGUACAUUUCUGUAAAAUUUUUGUUUUGAUUCAAUUUUUCUUAUGUUGUCAGAUGCAAAGAAUGAAAGUAAUAGAUUUGAAAUGAAGUCAAAUCGGUUUCAGUGUUUACUAGAAUAUUAAUUGAAUAAUAAUGAGAAUCCUAUUACUUUAGAAUAAUAACCUUGUACAAUGUAUAAACGGCACGGUUUCAGUUGCUAUAAGAAGCAGCAUUUCUCUAGAAAUGUUGCAGGUACCAGAACUUUUUUGCCAGUUCAUUAGAAGCAAAGUAUUUUUUCUUUAGAUGGCAAACCAGGUGUGACUAAUAAUUUAAGGAAAUAGGACCAACAUUCAUAUUCAUAUCUGAAAGCAAAGAAUAACGUUUAUACUUUUCCAGCUCAUGACAGCUUUACUUUUCGAACAGUAUGAUCUCAUUUAACACGUUAGUUAGUAAAUGAAAUUGAAGAUAGCACAUGAACUGCUGUCAGUGUCACUGUGUCACAUCCCGAAUAUGAGCUAAAACUCUGCCUUCACCUCUUCUUCCUCCAGAUAAAGUAGUCAUGCACACCCUGACUGGAAAUUAUAGCUGUGUAGAAAUAGAAUUUGUUGUUUAUUUUCUUCCAGGAACUAUAAGUGUUUCUAAAACAAGAGCACACUAUUUUAAACAAUGCUUGUUGUGAUGUCAAGCAGCUGUUCCCAUCUGAUAAUGCAAAACACAUUAUUUCCUGUUACCAACUUCUGCUUUACUAAUGUUUUCUGCACUAGCAGCAAUAGAUUCAUGUUGGACUUUCAAACCUUUGAAAGUAUUCAUUCUGUUCAUUCUGUUGAGAAUUAAAAACUGCCUUUUUAACCAAAUUAAUCAACUCAAACAAUAUUUAAGUUAUGGUCUCGUAAUAUUUAAAUAAUGAAUUAUAUACAGAUUUCUUAGUUUAGCCAUGUGGAAGCACAUGGCUAAACUAGAAGAUUCUCAUAUGACCUUUGGGAAGAUAGUAGUCAUUGUUGAUAUGGAAAUUUACUAAAUUUGGAAGUUUUGUUGCAUAUUAUUUUCCAAUCCUUUGCUCUCUCUUUAAAGAAUCAAAGUCCGUAGACAUGUAUUUUGCAACUGAGCAAAAACUAGUGCAGUCUUUGAUUGUUUAGGCAGCACUAGUCAGUGACUGUUGUUAUUUACAGACAUUCAGAAAUAAUUCAUCCACAGUGCAGCGGUUCUUAAACCUUUCAUAACGACUGUUGGAUUCACUCCUCCCAUUCCACUAGGGGGCGCUGUAGUUGCUUUGCAUUUGGGACAGGAGGGGCGGUAAAACGAGAGAAGAAACUUAUGGCAGGCCAGUAAUGCACUGAGACUGUCAUACGGUUAACUGAAGCUAAAAAGCUGAAUAUACCAUAAACCACGUUGGGCAACUCACCACGUUGCCCAACGUGGAGAGUUUUAUUAAUGCUGUUAGUUGUGGGCAGAUAUGACUUUUUGUUAUCUGUUCGAAGCGUGAGGUCGGUAAAUUUGCUAGAGCUAAUUAGCCAAAUGCUAGCUGUGUAAACUUCGCCUUGUAACCAGUUAGUCAAGUCAAUCCUAGCUCUUACAACUAUGUUUGAGAUUGUUUAUUGAAUAUUACAAUACUAAGUAUUGAUGUUUUGUUUUUACGUUAUUUACAGUUUAACCGCACAGCAUGUCUGUGUAAAAGCAUUCGGCAAUAAAAUUAGCAACAACGACUAUCUUAUGUUCUUUGUAACAACGACCACCUGAGUAAGUUCUAAGAUUUUCAAGUGUCAUAUUGAAAGACACAUUACAACAAUAAAACUAGUCAAUCCCUUUUUCAUUUUU